AUGGAAGGGUUCGAAAAGCCCUGGACCCCUUGGACCCUGGGCAGCGGUUCGCUGUCCGGAAUGCAUGGCAGCCGGGGUCCUUUUGUCGUCCCGGCGGCCAUGCCAAAAGGGGCAGGGAUGGGCAAGCAUCAGAGCCCGGCCGUGUGCAUAAAAUUGCCCAUCAACAUGAUGGUACAAGUACGACGCGUGUCGUCGUCUCGCGGCCAUUCCAUCUCUGCCCCCAUCGUUCGCGGCACGAUAAGCACGGACGGACAUGAGCUGCAGAAAUGA